AUGGAAGAAGAAUAUUAAUAAUGUUAGUAAUGCAAUAGUAAUGAGAAAAAAAGAACAACCUUAAAAUAUUAUAACAUAAUAAUAUCACUUUUUAUUGGGUUUAGCUAUAAUGUUAUUUCUAAAGAAUUUAAAAAAAAUAAAUGCUAAAUCUUCAAAUUCGUAAGCAAAAUUCAUGAUCAUUCAGACAUCAAUAUUGAUUUAAGUAAUUAUCAUAGACAAGCAGUAUUAGAUGUUGAAGAUCUAGAUUUUACAAGGCAAUUAAUAUAAUCGACUAGUGAUAGAAUAGAUAUCAAUUUGAAUGGGAUUAAGGAAGAACUUUAAACAGUUGAUUUUAUUAAAAUUCAAUUUAUAAAAUAUCUUUGA